CCGAAUGACACAGAUUGCUCUGCUGUGGAAGGGUUAUGUCCUCUUCGCUGUGACAGAUUUGACAUUGAGUGCUACGUGAUUGACAAUAAUGGUUUCAUCCUAAUUUCUAAACAGCGGAGUGAUGCAGGGAGGUUCUUCGGCGAGACGGACGGGUCGGUGAUGUCCACCCUCAUCAGAAUGGGCAUGUUCAAGAGGGUGUCCUUGUUUGACUAUCAGGCCAUGUGUAAGACGAGCUCCCACUCCRUCAGCAGCGCUCGACCAGUUCUCAGCCCAUUCUACGCUUUGGUUUCAACCUUCAAGUGGUUCCUCUCCAACUUCCUACUGUUUCUGUUGGAGUUUAAUAUCUGUAGCUUCUGGCACACUGAGCAUUUUGCCGACGCCAAGCCAUCCUUCAGCAGCUCUUACAUUCAAAAGAAAAAAGGGAAUGCUUUGCAGCCGUGUGACACCGAGUACCCCAGCUUUGUUUACGAGCCGUCGGUGAAGGAGACCAACAGCAUUAUUAAGUGUGGACGAUGCCAAAAGAUGUUUGUCGUACAGCAAAUACCAGAAAGUAAUCUGCUGAUGCUGGUAGUCCAAGGAGACUGCGACUGCUCCAGGCAGUUCCCACCCAUCACCUUGGAGCCCAUGGAGGUCAAAUACAAUGCAUCGGUGAAGUGUGACAGGAUGAGGUUCCAGAAGAUUCGUAGACGCCCUGAGUCCUGCCAUUCUUAUCACCCACAGGAGAACGCUGACGACUGUGGCGGAGCGUCUUUUAUACGUCUUUCAGCCUCUCUCCUACUCAUCUGUGUCUCGUUUGCUGCAGUGGCUUCCUGAUGGACAACUGAACGGUUUCACCUUUUCACACACAGAGGAGGUCAAAAUAAAGACAUGAAUUUGUUUGCACGGCUUCACCUCAAGUGGAUUUUUUUAAACAGUUUCUGCACAUUUAGCUCCGGAUGGCUACAAACCAAGCAUCUGUUGAUGGACCUUUGAUGGGAUAACGAAACCUAAGACUUCAGACAAACAAAUGGAAGUUUAUGAGCCUUUUUUGCUACUUUAUUCAAAACAAUGAGCUUGUAUUGUGUAUAAAGAUGAUGAUAACUUCUGUAUCACAAUGAUGUUAAAAUAUUAUAGUACAAAGAAUGACUUGUCAGCAAUUAGGUCUCCUUUUGAUUUUUGUAACAGAAAAUGCAGAGAAGCUAUUUUGUGGACACCAUCCAAAAACACUGCUGUCUUCUCUGAACCAUAGCCCACUUAAAAUGAGCUGAGGCAAAGUAAARUAAAAUGUUUCGUGGUCAGAUGAUUGAAUUUUUAAAUCUUAUUUGUACUUUUUGGGAAACCGCAAAUUUYACGUCCUCAUAAAAAGGAGGGAUAUGUUGCUGCCGUCAAAAGUCAAAUUUAUCUAAUAUAAAAAAAGGUAAUUAUUCUGUUUUCUGUGCUCCACUGUGAUUAAAAUAUGAGUUUACGAGAUUUGCAAAUCUUUGUAUUUUGUUUUUAUUUACAUUUUAUACAUCAUCAAAACUUUUUCUGAAUCUGUAUUUUGCUGUGAUGUUACUUUUUUUAAUUGCCUGUUUUUUUGUUAUCUGUGUCUUUUUGUGUGUUUAUACAGCAUUUGUGUAACGUCUCACGAUCAAGGCAUGUGAAAACCAUGCGCUGAUAUAAUUCAGCAUUUAAAGUAUAUUUUUAAAAAAUGCUUUUAGACAAACUCCAGAUUUGUCAGAAAUUACAACAAAAUGAUUUGCCACCGCACCAACUGUAAAUUUGAUUUGAUUACUCGUGUCAUUAUUCUAAAAAUAAUCUGAAUUUGUGGUGUCACUUAAAAUUAAAUACAAUUCAUUUAUUUUUGUUAUUCAAAUGUGAAUCGAGCUGCUUAAAAUACUGUAAACAUCUUUUUUUAUGUUUCUUUGCUUCUGAAGGUUUUUUAAUACUAUUUUAACUACUUUAAAAAGCUCUUGUUGAAGCUGAGCUGACUGAAUUUGAAGAAUUUACGUGCUGAACAUAAGUGUGCGUCAUGAUGACAUAUUCUUAAGAAAUUAUCCAACUAAUUGUAUUCAUCUCUUUUGUUUAUGUUUCCAUUUUUCAUUGUUAGUAUUAACCACGCUGACUAAAGUCAUGAGUUGUAGAGACUCGAGUGAAUUAAAUACAUGUUUUUACUCAUUUUGCUUUUUUUUAUUUGUGAUAAAUGUCAAUGCAAACAUGAUAUAAUAGUAAAAAUAUAUUUUUCAGGAAA